AUGUUCCCAAAUCACGGAGCCUUCGUAACUGAGCAUCCAACCUCUGACAUUCGAACCACCAUAAUACCGAACAAGAUGAAACGCAAGAUGGAAACACGCACCCCACCUCCUCCAUCACCCAAGCUUCAACCCCUCAUCACCGAAUCUACCGGCGACAUCUUCACGGCCCCGUCCCACUCCGUCCUUCUACACGCCUGCAACUCUCGAGGCUCUUGGGGAGCCGGUGUAGCGGCAGCAUUCAAAUCAAAAUAUCCGAAAGCUUAUGAUGACUACCGAAGCCACUGUAUGGAAAUCCCUAACAGCAGUCGGACACCAGCAAGCGCCUUAAAAGGCCAUCAAGUGGGGCUUUUAGGCACGUGUUUGCUCAUCGAUCUUUGCAAGCAGCAGGGAUCAAGCGUGAAGGGUGAUACAGACGAAAAUGAAGGUAGCGAAGAUGUUGAAGAUACGACCAUUAUAAAUGGCACCGCAAAUUCCCAUGACGACCGUAAUGGAAGCUCGAAUGCACUUGAAUCAUCUCAUGACACGCAAAAUGCUGCUCGGCCAAAACCACGUCGUCAGCCACCAGAGUCCUGGCAUUACAUCGCCUGCCUCUUCACAUCCUACAAUUACGGCCGCAACAAAGAUAAACCAGAAGAAAUUCUAGAGGCGACACGCAGCGCCAUGAAAGAUCUCAAAGGGCAAAUCGCAGCUAAGAGAGGAAGUGAGCAUACCGUUGGAGAGAUAUGGGCAGUGAAAAUGAACAGCGGUCUAUUCGCCGUUGAGUGGGAGAAAACGAAAGAAGUGCUAGAGGAGGCGGGGCUGCCCAUGAGAGUAGUGAGUCCGCCUUCACAGCCGCAUGGAGCUGCCAACCAGAAACGAGCGAUGGGAAAUCAAGGAAAGAGCAAGAGGCGGCGAAUUGAAGAUGGAGAAGGAUCGGAUGUGGAGGAGGAGCCAAAGCCACGCUUGAUCCCGGUCAACAUUCUUUACCCGGGAUACGCUUCGAAAGACGCCCGUCGGAAGAAAAAGCAGAGCGGAUUAGAUGGGUGGUUGGCGUGA